AUUAACAGCAAGAAAAUGAAAAAAGCGGCUGGACUUGUUAUUUUUCGUCGUCUCUGUGGGGAGAUACAGUACUUAUUGUUAAAAGCCUCCUAUGGCAGCUUUCACUGGAGUGCACCCAAGGGUCAUGUCGAUCCGGGAGAGGACGACUUCACCACAGCGCUGCGGGAAACUAAAGAGGAAGCCGGCUAUGACGAAAAGGACUUGAUUAUACACCAAAACACCCCAAUAACGCUUAAUUAUGAGGUGAAGGGAAAACCAAAGAUUGUUAUCUAUUGGCUGGCUGAGCUCCGUAAUCCCAACCAGGAACCUAUUCUAUCUGAAGAGCAUACGGAAUUGAAGUGGCUGGGCUUGGAGGCGGCUAAGGAGUGCGUUGGUUUUAAGGAUAAUCAAGUGAUGAUUGACAAGUUUCACGAAAUGAUUUUGACCCAGGAAAAGCGCCAGCAGAGCUGAAAAUUACAAUCAAAUUAUAAAAACAUUAACAAUAAACAAAGAGUCGCAAAUUAUACAACACUAUUUAAGAAAAACACUAAAAAAUACCAUGAAAAAAAAGUA